AUGGAGAAAGCCGAGGCUCGCUCCCUCGUGGAGCGAUGCUUGCCACGCUUCAAGGACGCGGGGCUGUUGGCUCCGGAUGGCAUCACAGACGUCAAGGUAAGAGCAAUCGCGUCUCUGUGGGCUGGAAUGGGCAGUGUGUACGACCUCGCGGUGAGCUCCAAAAAUGGCAUCCAGCAUGUUGUGGCCAAACGAGUGCAGCUUCCGAAGCGAUGCGACAGCAUUGGAGACCAACGCAAGAAGGACAGCUACGACGUGGAGGCUGCAUUCUAUCAGAAGGGACAUGCGGAACGGUUGAUUUCCGUGGGCUGCAUGGUGCCUUUCCCACUGCACGUUGAGCACUCGCGUGGCGAGGGGGUGACCAUCUGUAUGACGAAGGUGGAAGGCAAGCCGGCACAUCCUCGGGGCGCAGAUGCCUUCGUCUCCUGGCUCGCGCGUCUUCAUGCGACUUACUGGGGCCGAAGGGCUGACGAAGCCUGCGGCUCCGAUGCAGGCGGAUUGCAGCUUCAGGGGUGCUACUGGCACUUGGACACGCGACCAGACGAGCACAGGAAGAUGCCCUCCUCCGGCUGGAUGGGCCGCCUCAAACUGGCCGCUCGGGCGAUUGACCUCAGGCUCAAAGCAGACACUUUGCAGUCCGUCUGCCAUGGUGAUGCCAAGGGUGCAAACAUCAUUUAUGCCAGCGGGGAAGGAGGAGAGGUAAUACCGCUUGUGUAUGACUUCCAGUACUGCGGCAAAGCUGCGGUCACGAAGGAUUUGGCUUACUUCUUCAAUGUGGAAGCACAGCCCUCUGAAGCCGAAGAAGAGCGGCUGCUGCGACUCUAUCAUUCGGAGCUGACAAAGCUUCUUGGAGCCCAGGGAGACGUCCCGCCCGAGCUCGCGGCAUUGAAAACCUCGCUGGAGCUUGCGCUGUGCGAUUGGCGACGCUUUUCGGAGAUUGGCCUUGGAGGCUGGGGCGAUGAUGCCAGACACCGAGUGCAGAAGGUCCUUGACCGGCUCGACGGCGGCCGUGCGCUGCCCAACGAAGAAGCCUACAUCGACGCGAUGCAACGGGAGGUGCACGAAGCAAUUGCCGGUGUGCCGCCAGGCAUCACGCAACUCCCGACUGCGUUCGUUGACACCGUCGAGCGCGUUGCCGCCAGGGCCUUUGCUGCAUUACCCGAAGCGAACAAUGAUGCCGACGUUUCCAGUGACAGUGAAGUGCUGGAGCUGGUCGAGACGGUGCGGAAUCGGGCGACUACAUGGAGCCAUGAGGCUCACAAGAGCAUCAUGGAGAAGCUUGGCAUCCAGCUUAACGAAGGCCACCCGUGCAUUUCCCUCCUAGCCGUUUCACGAAGGUGUGGAGACCCGACUGGACUCAUUUCAUGGUUCGUCUUGCAGACCCUUGCUUUGUUCCAAACUCUGAAUGUGCAGAGGUCUCGCUAUGUCCCCCGCUGCACGUGCGCCGGUUGCCAGAAAGCCAAGGCCAAGAUGGGCAUGGAGAAGACCAACUUCAUGGUUAUUUUUCCUGUCAUGCAGGUUGUCUUCUCACUUCCCGGGGUCAUCGGGGCUGUCGUGGCGAUCAGGCAGAGCCCCUUCGUGCAGGACCGGGUUGAGAGCAUUGCGGCCAUGAGCGCGGGCCCUUUAUACCUUUCAGUGUUCGUCAUGAGGUUUACACUUGCGCUGAUUCAAGCAAGCCUUGGCAACGCCCGACGAGACAGUGGCAUAAACGUGCCGGACCAGCAUGCGUACAAGGUGGUUGGCGGAACCGCUGAUGGAGCACUGGUCCUCAUGGAUGAAUCAGAACCGUUCGGGCGUUUCAACCGUGCUCAACGUGGAGUCCAGAAUCACCUGGAGCAGAUCUUCCCCAUGGUCUUGGAGUUCGUCCUGUCUGGCUAUGUUUUCCCUUGGACAACGGCGGCUCUGGCUUCUGUCUGGGCCAUCCUCCGCUGCUGGGGUGCUUUGUCGUACGCCAACGAUCGCAUGGCCCGGAUCAAGGGCAACCUCCCUUCCAAUUUCUGCUUGGGCGCGAUGGCGGGCAUCGUCCUCACAAUUGGAGUCUUCGCCAGCUUGAAGUGA